UGCAGCUGUAGUUUGGGGGUUAAAUGUAAAGUUAAUUUUAACAGUUGAAUUUAAUUAAUUGGCUCAAAAUCACUUGCAUUUUAUUAAAUAUCUAAAGAAUAUACUCUAAGGAAAACUAUGAUAGCAAUCUCUACGCUCGGAGAUCCCUGCGGGAUGAUCCCUGUAAUUGAGAGGAUUUACCCCAAAGCCUCGGAGUUGUCUGAGAUUCUCAAUUACAACCCUUGUCCCGAAUGUGGAGAAGUGUUUCACAAUCCCCCCAAUCUAGAAAUGCAUCUGUCAAAGUAUCAUGGACGAGAGAGCGCACGGCCCCCGCCACCCCCCUGCCCAGUCAUCCGCCAGUACUACUGUCCAGUGGUGGGCUGCAAGUACAGUGGACACUUCAACCAAGAACUGGGCAUCAAGUACUUCACACAGCACAAGUAUUUGAAACAGCAUUAUAUAAAAGUUCACAUGGAGAAAAAAUUUGUGUGCGACCAGUGCGGUAAGGGGUUUGCUACGCUGCAGCUGAGACGACGACACCUGGAAGAGUGUGGGGUUAAGUUUGUGUGCUCGUGCGGGGCCGAAUACAACACUAUUGCUGCGCUACUCACCCACGCCUCGCGCAAACGACAUACGUUCAUCAAAUCAUGGUCGGCUGUCAGGACUCGCAAGACCGAAAAAAAUGAUAAUCUAGGACCUGUAGCAGCGGCUAAGCCUAGCGCGAUACUGCCAAAGUGCGACUCAAUGGUGGCCACGGCAGCAGUAGCCCUUGGUGGGGUCGUCCUUUCGAGUCACAAAAGUGUCGACAUUGCAGUGCAGACGGAGCCUACCUCCCAACGGAGACGGAGGAACACCUCUCGGCAAACACAGACGGGUGAAAAAAGAACAAGAAUAUCAUCGCAAACGCAGACAGUGGGAGAUGUGAAGAAGAACAUGAAUCGCCGAAGGAAGAAAAGUAUGGAAACUCAAACUAAGGUAUCAGAGCCCACCUCUACUGUGACGAGCGAGGAGUCAUUUGCUGUCAAAGACAUCGGCCUGUGGCUCUGUUCAGGAACACAGACCUCUGCCAUGUUUGAUAGCUCAGAACCCCUGCCUACCCUGAGCGGUAAUCUGUUUGACGAGACUGAGAACAUCACCAACACAGACAAGUCCAGCUACUUCGACAUAGACACCAAUUCCACCGACAGGCUGUUCUCGUCAAUUAUCAAAAAUGAAGACGACAGCAAAUCCUGCAGUAUCGAAACACAAACGGAGUUUUCUAUAGAGUCUCUGUUUGAAAAUUUCACUGAUAUUUCAAACAUUGAAACGCAAACUCACGAGUUGUGGGAUACCUGUACACAAACUUGCGACGACAUUCUACUCGGGUUCUCGGAUAUUGAGACGCAGACCGAUGUGUACGGUGAUCGCCACUAGUUAUUAGACUUAGUUACCACCAAGUUACCAUUCACUUGUCUAGUUGUAGUUUCGUGAUCUGCACAACAUUCUUUGUUAGUUUUAAUCGAUAACUUGUUGUAUUUAACAGUUCUCAAACAUAUAAUCCUGGGUGGAUGAUGUAAUCACUAUAAGUAAAUCAAGUAACAGGAUUCAUGGUUUUUACUAUACAGGCCUGUCUGAAAAUAACUUGUCCCUACCAUGCAAGCUUUAUGCAUUGAUUAAUUUUUAAUAGAUGUUCAAUGUUUUGUUAUUAAUUAUUGUUAACGCCUAGUCAGUUAAUUCUUCGUUGGAAGUUAGUUUUUGGUGAAGGUAAGUUUAAGUGAUAUAAGAGAUUAUUGCAGAAAAUUUUUAACACGAUUAAUAUAAAAAGUAGUCAAGUUUACAAGUGUUGGCGCUUAUUAUUCCUGUUUCGGGUUUUCGCUGUGGUGGAAUAAUAUAGUUGAUGUAGCAAACUGUUAAUUUUCUAGGCAAUCUAAACUUAUUUUUGAUCUUGGUGCUAUAAGUAGUUACAUAAUUGUUAGAUGUGUAUUUGUAGAAGUAUUCUACUGGUAGUUCUUGUCAGUAAGUAGUUGUUAGUGUUGCAUGUAGUAACUCCUUUGUUUGAAAUUUAUUGUUGGUGAUGGUGAGUUAAUGUUGUUCAAAGGUUUAUUGUGGACAUUUACCAUCACGAUGGUAAACAAACAAUACAAAACGUUUCGAGAUCUGGAAUCUGAUCCCGUCCUCAGGUGAAAAAACCUAUCUUACACAUUACAACUUACAAUUAACAAUACACAAACGCCCAACUUAAGUUGGAAUACACUAGAGAGAGUAGCAGUAAAAAAAUAUGCACUGUAUAGCAGUCAAGUGAUGAUAAUCUAGAUAGUCUCUGUAGUGUAUUCCAACUUUGGUUGGGCGUUUGUGUAUUUUAGUUGUAAUGUGUUACUUAGUAAAGUUUUUUCACCUGUGGACGGGAUCAGAUUCCAGAUCCCGAAAUGUUGUGUAUUGUUUUUUACCAUCGUGAUGGAAAAUGUCCACAAUAAACCUUUGUACAACAUGUAGUAACUAUUAUUUUACAUGGACUGAAUAGGCUAUUCGUACAAGAUAAAAUGUAAUUGAUUCAUAUGUAAUUAACACCGAGUUGCAUCAUUAUAUUGUGCUGUAUCAUGUAAAGGAUUUUUAGAAUUCUGUAUAGUAACUAACUUAUUUGUCGCUCUACUAAGGUAUUUUCAAAGAAGUAUUACAAUGUUAUUUAGUCUACUUUAAAAUUUCCUCCUAAGAAGCUUAGUGAUAAACACAUUUAAUAAACCUAUUCUAUUAUAGAUGAAAUACACAGUUAACAAAAUUUACUUCACUUGUUGGUUGCAGCUAGUAUUCACAUUGCGAUAGAAAUUCAUCUAUUUGUGACGGAAAAUGGAUUGGAGAAGUAUCUGUAAGUAGGCCUAAUUGAAAUUAAUAUUCCAAUUGUUCAUUUUUAUGGAAAUAGUUAUUUGUGUAACUAGUGUGCGAAGAGACACUUUGCUGCACAUGAGAGAAAUGUGUGGAAAGUUUCUCGAGUGCAGCAAAGGCACUUUGCCCGCGGUUACACAUUAUAUUUUUCCUACAGUUCCUAUAAAGCAUAUGAAUAAUUAGUCUUUCAAAUACUAAACAACACGUUUUAGGAUAGAUAAAAUCCAAGCGUUAGAACGAAAUGGGAAACAAUGCACCAGCUGAUCGUAGUCUUAAUAUCUUUAAGUGUUGUCGACUUAUUUUCAAGCGUACACAUAAUGCGUGCCUAACAAAAGCACACUGUUUUGCGUUGUUUGGUUGGAACACUGGAGUGCCGAAAAAGAAAUGAGUGCGGCCAAAGUAAGUAAAUGCAGCGAUUAGCUACUUCGCGUACUAUAAUCAGUGCAAGGAAGCCUGCUUUAUCUGGUAACUGUGGGAAAAUAAAGUUUAUUUUGUUUUUUUCAUCACCUUAUUUGAUUUAAUUUAAUUUCUUACUACAAUAAAAAUGUUAGUUUUAA